AUGGAGACCGCAAGCUUUGUCGUCGGCUUGGCUGGGCUCGCCGGCCUACUCAGCUCCUGCCUGGAGGUCAAAGAGCGGGCGGAUCAAUACAGAUCAUUCACACGCGACUCUGCAGCCCUGGACGUCCUAUUCAGCGCUACAAAGGUUCGCCUCGAGAAAUGGGACCGCGAUGUAGGCUUCUGCGGCGGGGAACUAUCCACCGGCCAUCAUCCGGCCCUCGACGAUAAGGAGUUCCGCAGUCUGGUCGUCGAUAUCUUUGACCUCGCCAAGGACCUCUGCGACCUGGCGGACGCGCACAAGUCACGGUCGCCUCGUGGCGCUGUGGUCGACAAGCGCGCAGGCUCGCCCAAGUCGCUGCGUGUGCUGGGCAAGUCGACACGACGUAAAUUGGUGUGGGCCUUAUGGGGAAAAUCGAAUCGCACAAUACAGGUCGUUUUGUUAAAGGACUUGGUGGAUGAGUUGCACAAGCUGGUACCGCCAGAUUUUGUGCCAGAUACAUGGGCGUUACGCCCCGUUGUCGACCCUAUCGAUACGCUCGGGCCAGGGACAGGUAUGAAGAUAGGUUUUGCGGAUGUCACCCUUAUCGUCGCUGAGCAGCACCAGGAUCUUCUCCAGUGGAUGCUUUCAACAACACGGCGGGAACUGCACGCGUGGCUCCGACACACCCCCGACGAGCGAUACGAAGACUCCUUGCAACGUCGCCUCUCGGGCACUUGCGGUUGGAUCCUCGACCAGCCAACGUUCCUUGAGUGGGCGUCCACGGAAUUCCCAUCAUGUGCUGCCAAGGUGCUCUGGAUCCACGGCCCCCCGGGGUUCGGCAAAACUAUCCUCUGCGCGAACAUCGUCGAGCACAUCACGAAGACCCUCCCGACGCCUGUCGCGCACUUCUUCUUCUCGUCGGAAUUGGACAGCCGAGACGACACCAGCGUUGUCCUGCGUUCAUGGCUCUCUCAGGUCGUGACGCAACACGAUGGCGCGUUCCAAUACGUCCUCCAGCAUCGGGAAGCCGACAUAAACCCAACCGCGACGCGCGACACCAUUGUUUCCCUCUUCAAGGACGUAGUCCGUCUCGUUGCUAGCGCCACACUCGUCGUCGACGGCUUAGACGAAUGUACGCAUCUUGAAGGUCACAAUUCUGUCAUUAGUUUCCUCGAAACUCUAACGGCGGCCACGGCUGACACACACACACGUAUUCUUGUCGUCAGCCGCACGCUGUCGAUUAUCCAGCAUGCUCUCAAAGGCAGCGACCGAAGCAUAUUCUCGGAAUUCCGAAUACAACCUGACAACGUUCAUUCCGACACAGUAGCUUACGCUCGCGAAAUUGUGGGCAAGAAGCUGUCCAGCAGUCGCGAUGACGUCCGAUCAUCUCUCUCCGAAGCAAUGGCCAAGCGAUGUGAAGGCCAGUUCCUAUGGCUCGAGUUGUUGCAGCGUAAGUCCUUACGGACAGGCAUGAGCAAGACUCAACUACGGGAAGCUAUUGAGAACACACCGGCCGAGCUUGAUAGCAUCUAUGAUCGCCACUGGAAGUGGAUGGCUCAGCUCGCAGAAUCGGACAGACAUCGUGCCUUCGCCCUCCUGCGCUGGACUACGUUUGCAUUACGACCUCUGACGAUCGGCGAAAUCACCGAAGCCGUUGUCAUCAAGGAUGCCGAGGAAAUACCGUGGGAAGAUCUCCCUGAUGACGUGAAUGAGGCCUAUGUCGACGGCCAGAUCCGCUAUCUCUGCGAUCCCCUCCUCGAGAUCCGGGGCGGGUCAUCAGCUCCGAUGUCGAGCCAACAAACAGUGCACCUGCCGCAUUUCACCGUGCGGGAGUAUCUGCUACGCAAACUUCCAGUGCCGGACUGUUUACGACCCAAUGCCUCCCUUGCCGAACUUCAACACACCUUACUGGCAAAGGCGUGCCUUCAGUACAUCAAAUACAGCGACGUCUGGCAGAUUCCUCCACAUGACUCUCCGGCCCGUCUCCCCAUAUCGUUCCGCAGCUAUGCUGCGACUUGCUGGCAUCGCCAUGUCAACUUGGGUCAGCGCGGCAAUGACGAAAUCAUCAUGCUUGCUGUCAAAUUUCUCACCGAAAGCAGUCCCGCUAGUCAAGCAUGGAGGUCGUUCGUCGAACUGGAUGAUACCAAACAACAUCGCUGGCUGGCCGAGACAAGCUCGACAGGCCCUCUGCACUGCUCGGUGAAGCUCCAGUUGAUGGAAGUGGCCAUGGCACUGAUCGAAGGCCGGAGCUGCGACGUGAACGAGACGAACAGUCUUGGAAGGUCGGCUCUAAGCCUCGCCUGCUCAGACGGAUUCUUCGAGAUCGCAGAUAUGCUCCUCAAGAAAGGGGCUAAUAGCUGCUUGGCUGACAAAGACGGGCUGAUGCCGAUACACCUGGCGGCGCAGAAUGGCCAUGUCGAUGUGGUCCGGCUCCUUCUCAGGGACCAGCCCCGCAUCCCGAUAUUGACGAAC